AUGAACAUGGCAUKCCGAGUUCCCAGCACUUUGAAUAGCAGGUUGCAGAGAACUUGCUCUCAGUCGGCAAACUGUCCAGAGGAGCCCAGCGGGGCCAGGCCCCAGGGUGCUGUGCACCCCUACUGUAGGAUGCAGAAUGCUGGAAAGUCCAGAAGCCAGAGGCUCCCGGGAACCCCAAGCACAGUGGACCGACGACGCGUGGACAUCAGUCUGGAGGUAAGUUCUCGGAGGAUACUGGACGUGGAAACCCAGAAGCCCCCCAGGGGGAAAUGGAGGACUCCGCCCUUCGACCCGCGCUUCCCCAACCAGAACCAGACCCGUAACUGCUACCAGAACUUCCUGGACUACCACCGCUGCCUCAAGAACAUGAGCCGCCGCGGGAAGAGCACCGAGCCCUGCGAGUACUAUUUCCRCGUGUACCGCUCGCUGUGCCCCAUCAGCUGGGUGCAGCGCUGGAACGAGCAGAUCAGGCAAGGGACUUUCCCAGGCAAAAUCUGA